CCUAUAUUUUGACAAGGAAUAAUGGGGAUGCCUAUUUGUUUCUUGGGUGCCCAUACAACUCUGAUGGCUCGGUGUAUCUUCCAAGUAAGAAGAGCUUUGCACAGUGUUGGCGUCAAAGUUCACCCUUUCGUAAAGGAAGCUCUGGACAACAGGCGGCCUGUUGUUGCUUUGGAGAGUACUAUUAUUACCCAUGGCAUGCCGUAUCCCCAGAAUCUGAGCACGGCCAGGGAGGUAGAAGAAAUCAUAAGAAUGAAUGGUGCUGUGCCUGCCACUAUAGGCAUUUUGAAUGGCUGUAUCCACGUGGGCCUCCAGGAUGAUGAACUUGAAUGUCUGGCAAAGACCAAAAAUGUAGUGAAGGUGUCCCGCAGAGACUUUCCCUAUGUUCUCAGUCAGGGCUUGUCCGGUGGGACUACUGUGGCAGGAACUAUGAUUGUAGCACACAAAGCUGGCAUCCCCUUGUUUGUGACAGGAGGAAUCGGAGGAGUCCACCGUGAUGGAGAGAAGACUUUCGAUGUGAGUGCUGAUCUGACAGAGCUAGGUCGAACUCCUGUUGCUGUAAUUUCUGCGGGUGUCAAGUCCAUACUGGAUAUUGGUAGGACACUAGAAUAUCUGGAAACCCAAGGGGUCUGCGUGGCCACCUUUGGAGAAUCCACAGAGUUCCCAGCCUUCUUCUCCCAUCAAAGUGGCUUCCAGGCACCCUAUAAGGUACCAAACGAGGAGGAUGCUGCUAAACUGAUUGCCAGGUCAUUGGCCUUGCAGCUAGGCAGUGGAAUGCUGAUCGCAGUGCCCUGCCCAAAAGGAGAAGCUGCUUCGGGACAGCUGAUUGAGGAAGCCAUCCAGCAGGCUUUGCAGGAGUCUCAGGAACGAGGGAUCACAGGGAAGGAGCUCACGCCCUUCUUGCUCCAGAGAGUGAACGAAUUGUCUAGUGGGAAGUCCCUGAAUUCUAGUAUCGCUUUAAUUAAGAACAAUGCCCACGUGGGCAGCCGAAUAGCCAUGGCCCUGAAUAAGAUCCAGAGGACCCAAAGGAGGAGAGAUGGCCCAUCUCCAAACAAAAAAGCAUUUUCUGCUCCAAGACCAGUGGUGAUUGGUGGUAUCAACGUUGAUUUCAUUGCCAAGGCAAAAGAUUCAGCAAUAGUGGAUGGAGGACAAACAAACCCGUCAACCGUGAGACAGUCUUUUGGUGGAGUGGGGAGAAAUUUGGCAGAUUGCUUAAGUCGCCUCGGGAAAACUCCUGCCUUCAUCUCCGCAAUGGGGAAGGAUGAGCAUUCUGAGUCGGUCCUACGCUACUGCAGGCAUAUGGAUAUGAGUGGAGUCUCUCAGCUGGAUGGACACAACACGGCCACUUAUUGCGCUAUAAUCACAGGCAGCGGAGAGCUCAGACUUGGCUUGGGAGACAUGGAGAUUCACCAGCAGAUAACAGAGCAAUAUGUGUCUGGAUUCAAAGAGAGCCUGUGCCGGGCCCCGCUGGUAUGCAUUGAUGGGAAUGUACCCAUUUCCACAAUUCAGUAUGUCGGUCAGCUUGCCAGAGAACAUCACUUGGCAGUGUAUUAUGAGCCGACAGAUGUGGACAAGGCUUCUAAGCCGUUCUUUUCGGACUGCUGGAGGAACUUGGCAUGUGUCUCUCCCAAUCUACGGGAACUAAGAGCAAUCAGUCAGACCUUGGGGCAUCCUGUGCCGGCAGAUCCUCCAUCCAAGCUGGAAGACGUUAUCGAGACUGCUGUGGCCCUUGUCCUCCCCUUACUGAGAGAGCUGCACUGUGCAGUGGUAACCCUUGGUCAACAUGGUGUCCUCGUUUGUGGCCAGAACGUGAACGGGAGCGUCUCUCUUCAUCCUGGAGCUUGCAGCAGGACUACAGGAGGUGAGCUGUGUGCCGCUCACUAUCCAGCAAUCCCAGUCCCCAUGGAGGAGAUAGUGAAUGUCUCAGGAGCAGGUGACAGUAUUCCUGCUUCGGGAUUCAGUCGAAGACCUGCAAAAGACCCUCGGACUGCGACGGCUGCUUGGGCCUCUACACCUGCAAACUGCCAAGGGGGAAGUGUGACUUAAAAGCAGUUUCCCGGAAAACAGCCCCCACCUCACAUUACUUUUGUAUACACAGGUCCCAUGAUCCCAAGCACAGCUUAUGUGAAGGUGGUUUUUCCCAGAGCAUCCAGAGCGGAUGAAGAUACGAAUGUUCCCGUCAAUCUGAGAUCCAGCAAAACACAUUCCAUCAGGAGUCAGUCUUCCUAA